AUGGCUUCCAGCCCACUGCCAGGGCCCAACGACAUCCUACUUGCAUCGCCGUCGAGCGCCUUCCAGCCCGACGCACUGAGCCAGCCGCGGCCGGGGCACGCCAACCUCAAACCCAACCAGGUGGGCCAGGUGAUCCUCUAUGGCAUUCCCAUCGUGUCCUUGGUGAUCGACGGGCAGGAACGCCUGUGCCUGGCGCAGAUCUCCAACACCCUUCUCAAGAACUUCAGCUACAACGAGAUCCACAACCGCCGCGUGGCGCUGGGCAUCACGUGCGUGCAGUGUACGCCUGUCCAACUGGAGAUCCUGCGACGCGCUGGGGCCAUGCCCAUCUCUUCGCGGCGCUGUGGCAUGAUCACCAAGCGUGAGGCCGAACGCCUUUGUAAGUCAUUCCUAGGCGAAAACCGGCCGCCCAAGCUGCCGGACAACUUCGCCUUCGACGUGUCGCACGAGUGCGCCUGGGGCUGCCGCGGCAGCUUCAUCCCAGCACGAUACAACAGCUCUCGCGCCAAGUGCAUCAAAUGCAGCUACUGCAACAUGUACUUCUCACCCAACAAGUUUAUUUUCCACUCCCACCGCACCCCGGACGCCAAGUACACCCAGCCAGACGCAGCCAACUUCAAUUCCUGGCGCCGCCAUCUCAAGCUCACAGACAAGAGCCCUCAAGACGAGCUAGUCUUCGCCUGGGAGGAUGUCAAGGCCAUGUUCAACGGAGGCAGCCGCAAGCGCGCGCUGCCUCAGCCCAGUGCGCACCCGGCCUGUCACCCGCUCAGUUCCGUAAAGGCAGCUGCGGUGGCGGCCGCAGCCGCAGUGGCCGGGGGCGGGGGGCUGCUAGGCCCGCACCUACUGGGCGCUCCACCCCCGCCGCCGCCACCGCCACCCUUGGCUGAGCUGGCUGGCGCCCCUCACGCCCAUCAUAAGCGGCCGCGCUUCGACGACGACGACGAUUCCCUACAGGAGGCAGCCGUGGUGGCUGCAGCCAGCCUUUCGGCAGCCGCAGCCAGCCUCUCGGUUGCCGCGGCCACAGGCGGCGCAGGGCCGGGUGCAGGUGGUGCCGGGGGUGGAUGCGUGACCAGCGUGGGCGUGGGCGCCAGUGCGGGGGCUGGUGCAGCAGCUGGCACCAAAGGCCCACGCAGCUACCCAGUCAUCCCAGUGCCCAGCAAGGGUUCCUUCGGGGGCGUGCUGCAGAAGUUCCCGGGCUGCGGGGGCCUCUUCCCACAUCCUUACACCUUCCCAGCCGCGGCCGCAGCCUUUGGCUUGUGCCACAAGAAGGAAGACGCGGGCGCAGCGGCCGAGGCCCUGGGGGGAGCGGGCGCCGGGAGCACAGGUGCGGCGCCCAAGGCCGGUCUGUCGGGUCUCUUCUGGCCCGCGGGCCGCAAGGACGCCUUCUACCCACCCUUCUGCAUGUUCUGGCCACCGCGGACCCCCGGCGGGCUGCCCGUACCCACCUACCUACAUGGCCCUGGCUCCGGUCCUCCCUCUGCUGGGGGCGCCGGAGCACGCGACGCGCUCUUCGAGUCGCCCCCGGGCGGCAGCGGCGGGGACUGCAGUGCCGGGUCCACGCCACCCGCAGAGCCUGGAGUGACGUCCGGGACCGGGGCUGCGUCCUCCGGAACCGGUCCUUCGGGCACCCGUGUGCCGGCCCCCCAUCAUCCGCACCUCUUGGAAGGGCGCAAAGCAGGCGGCGGCAGUUACCACCAUUCCAGCGCCUUCCGACCGGUGGGCGGCAAGGACGACGCGGAGAGCCUGGCCAAGCUGCACGGGGCGUCGGCGGGCGCGCCCCACUCUGCCCCAGCGCACCAUCACCACCACCACCACCACCCACACCAUCACCACCACCACCCUCCGCAACCGCCGUCGCCACUGCUGCUGUUGCCGCCACAACCAGAUGAGCCUGGGUCGGAGCGCCACCACCCAGCCCCGCCGCCCCCGCCGCCGCCGCCCCCGCUGGCCCCGCAGCCACACCACCGAGGCCUUCUGUCCCCCGAGGGCACCAGCUGCAGCUAUCCUAGCGAGGACAGCUCGGAAGAUGAGGAGGACGAAGAGGAAGAGCAAGAGGUGGAUGUGGAGGGCCACAAGCCACUCGAAGGCGAGGAAGAGGACGGUCGAGACCUUGAAGAUGAAGAAGAAGAAGAUGAGGAGACUGGGGUCCUUCUCGGAGACUCCCUGGUUGGCGGUAGCCGGUUCCUCCAAGGCCGAGGGCUGUCGGAGAAGGGGAGCGGCCGGGACCGCACGACGCCCUCCACGGGCUCUUUCCCUCUCGCGCUGAACUCCUCCAGGUUGCUACAGGAGGACGGGAAGCUGGGGGACCCCGGAGGCUCGGACCUGCCGGCGCCCCCGCCCCCACCCCUGGCUUCCCAGAAAGCAAGCAGCGGUGGAGGCAGCAGGCCAGGCAGCCCUGUCCACCAUCCAUCACUGGAGGAGGAGCCCACAUACAAAGAUAAUCAGAAACCUAAGGAAAACAACCAAGUUAUUCUAUCUGCAAAGGAUGACAACUUCUCAGAUAAGAACAAGGAGCACAGCUUUUUCAUCACGGACACUGAUUCUUCUGGGGACUUUUGGAGAGAAAGAUCAGGUGAACACACACAAGAAACCAAUUCACCUCAUUCACUCAAAAAGGAUGUAGAGAACAUGGGGAAAGAGGAACUUCAGAAGGUUUUGUUUGAGCAAAUAGACUUACGGAGACGACUGGAGCAAGAAUUCCAAGUGCUAAAAGGAAACACAUCCUUCCCGGUGUUCAAUAACUUCCAGGAUCAGAUGAAAAGGGAGCUGGCUUACCGAGAAGAAAUGGUGCAACAGUUACAAAUUAUCCCCUAUGCAGCAAGUCUGAUCAGAAAAGAGAAGCUUGGUGCCCAUCUCAGCAAAAGCUAA